CCCGUCGGAGGCACAAAUCCUCAUGGAGGCAUACGAGGAGGUAAAAGACAUAAUUAAGAAUAAAGGCAACACCGGCACAGUGAUAAAGCAAAGAGAAAAAGCGUGGCAAAGUAUUGCAGACCGCCUGAAUGCGUGAAUUCUCUGGUGUGUUGCUGGGAGACAGGGUGUAUGGCUGCCAGCCUUUUCUCCUGACACCUUUCACAGACCCCCAGGAAGCACAGCAGGCCUACAACCAUGCCCAUGCCAGGACCAGGGCCAGAGUUGAAAUGACCUUUGGCCUCCUGAAGGCACGCUUUCACUGCCUUCACAAAUUAAGGGUCAGCCCUGUGAGGGCAUGUGACAUUACUGUGGCUUGUGCUGUCCUCCACAAUGUGGCCUGCCUGAGGAAGGAGAGGGACCCUAGAGUGCCAUCAGCCAUGGACUGGGACAAUCCGGCAAUCUUCCAUGAUGACGACAGUGGUCGGCUGCUGAGGGACCAAUAUGUGUUGAAUUAUUUUAGUUAGUAUGUGUGCUUUCAAUUUUGGUUAAAUAUGUCCUGCGGUGGCAGAGGAAUUUUGUUUUUUUUUGUGUUCUCUCU